AAUGGUGUAAUGCUUGAUGAUUAGAUAUUUAAUUUACAUGUGACAGUAUCUUUUUCUAAAAACUUGCCAUGAUUAUGGUUCGUCGUAAGGUAAAAAUAAACAUAAACUAUGAUUAAUCUAUUUUUUGCGUGAGCGUUUGUUUGUCUGCUGUAAUUUUAUUUGUCUCAGAUAAACCAUGUCUGAUGACGACGAGGGACUUAGGAAUAUUCCAGAAGAAUGGGAACGAAUAAGAAGCAUUCGACGUUUCCGAGAACUGUUCCACGGUCGCUUCUCUGAUCGCGAAUCAGAGACCAUUGUCGAUCACUUCGAUGGCGAUAUGCAUCACUCGGUGUCGUUCGCCUUGGAAGCAUCCCAAGCGGAAAUCCAGAAUGUAUUAGGAAAUCACGGGUGGCAUGUAGUGGAGUACGUCCGUCAACGUCAGGUGAUGCAAGACGUCGCGCGUAGGAACGAGAUCAGCGCAGAAAUCCGACAGUUCAGUUGCGAGCAAUGUGACCAUAUGUGGUGGAGAAAGGUUCCGACAAGAAAGCCCGUAUCCCGAUGUAACACGUGUCGAAAUCGCUUUGACCCUCUUCCAUGUGACAAAGAGUGGGGAUGGGCAAAGUUCAUCUGUCCAAACUGCGGAAAUGAGUUCAAUCAAUUCGGGGCGAUGGACGUGAGCCUACUAAGAAACAUGCAGGGACAAAUGUUGCAUGGUACAAGCAAGUGCCUCUGCUUUGGUGCCGGCUGUUACCCUCCUACGCUGGUGGAGCCGACUGAGAUCAUGCCCCCAAUCCGACGUCCGUCUCGCAACGUUGUACACUGCUCGGCGUAUAAUUGCUUCCGGCGUUACCAUCCCAACCCUGACGAACCAAUAAUACCAGUCUGCGUUCACCCAGCGUCUCUCAGAAGAGUUCCGGUCAAUGUUUUGGUUCCCGCCGCCAACCACGUGAGCACGGGAUCCACGGUGAAAACGUUCCUCACCCAGGACGAACUGGCUGCACCUUACAUUCCCUACGAACCAAGUUUAGCGGAUAUCGAUGGUAGUGACUGAUGUAUACAAAAGCACGAAUACCUAUUUAUGAUCGAGUUUAGAAUUGGUUUACUGUUACCGUCGAUUUGUUCAAGUCUUGCUUUGAUAGAUAUUAUACCAUUCACACUUACGUUCGAGACAUAUUUAGGGUAUCUUGUAUUUUUCGAUAUUAGUCGAUGGUUUACAAUAUCAGUACUAUUUGGCAAACGUAAUGGAGAGAUAAUGAUGUCACACUAAACAUAGCGAAGUUGGGCAUGUAUUUCUGAAUCCAAGUAGUAAGGACUCGACAAGGUAUUAGUAUGCGAAUUUUCAGAACGAAUAAAUUUGCAUUGAUAUCAAUAAUGAUCAUCCAUGCUUAUGAUAUGAAAUGACACGGGACGAUUAAGUUGAUGCUCCAAAAUGAAUUUUAAAGGGGACUAUUCACUUCAAUCUGAAAACAAAAUAAUCACAACAAAAUUGUACUUGUUACUAGGUGUGUUGGCAUUGUGUCAUAGAUUUCAAGAGAUACGUUUAUGCUACUAAAGAACUGUUGACUAUUUUUGUUAUUACCUUGUGAUUGGAUUGGGGCUUCUGCUUUUGCAUUGAUGUUGAUUUUAAAACGUUUACUUAAAUAUGUAUGUUAUAUAAAUAUGAUUUUAAAAUUGGGACCAUGUGCAAUGAAACAGCAAUCAUGGGAGAGACCAAGGCAUUAAUAUAAAUGAAUAAAGAUAAACAUUUUUUUGAAUAUGUUUUCGUGCAAUUGUAUUAUGUUAAAAAUAUUGAUUAGGUAGUAUCACUUUCAUACUUGUAUUUCCCAAAUAGGAAUGUAUACUUGUAUUUAAUGACAUAUCUUACAGUAAGAACAGUAUAUUUUAUUUUAUACAAGAUACCAUCGUUAUUAAAAGUUUGUUCUAACUAGACAAGAUGUACAUGUAAUCGUUUGAAUAUAAUCUACCUCGCAGGUAAACUACACGUAUUGUAUGUGUAAAAGUUCGAAAAUAACAUCCGGACGAUAGAUAUAAACUGACCAGCUAUAAUUCGGCAGUUGUAUAAUUGUUGUUUUUUCUUCCAGAACUGCACGACGAUGAUCGUAAUACUGUAUCUAAGUUGUUUUUUUUAAAUCUUUUUUAUCUAAAAGACGAGAUACAGUUAAAACUUUCAUAGUUCAAUUCCAUCGUGCCUUAGAACUUAGAACGUUACAAUCGGGUGAUCUUUAAAGCUUUAUGCUUCUAAAAUAAAAAAACCCAUCAAACAUUCUAUGACAGCGGCUGUCAUGUCCGACAUACAUUUAUUCCUUUUUUAUUUGAAAUUUCACGUGUACAUUUAUUUAAACUGCUGUUUAAAUGUAUAAGGGCGUUUAACUAAGAUCUAAAAAUCAUCUCGACCCUCCAUAUUGUAAGUUUAACUGUAUGAUUUUAUGAUAAAGUUAAACAUUGAGUGAUGGUUAAAAACCAAUCAAACUAUUAAGACCUUUUGCAUGUAGAUUGUAUGCGCUUGCUUUCAAUAUCAUACAGAUUUGUUUCAAGCAACUAUAUACCAUUUUACUAUCAACAUUCUAUUUUCGCAAUCUUAAGCCAUCACAUCCAUACGAGCAAUGAAUUUAUAUACAAUUAAUUAAUAUCUUUUAAUUGAACGGACAGAUUGCCCAUAGUUUAUUCAGACUUAUACAAUAGUUCAUCGUUUUCAUACUAGAAAUAUUUUCUGUCACGUGAAUACGAAAAAUAACAUAACAUAAUAUAACAUAAAAGUUACAUACAUACUUCAAAUACAAAAAAACAAUUUAUGGAAGAACAAGUAAUUUGUAUCUAGGGAUGAUGAAAUCUAUUAAACAGUAUUACGUAGGAUCGUAUUUCUACUAACUAAAGCUUCUUUUAUGUUUUUACAUAAAUUUGAAAUUAUUAAUCUAUCACAUAAAACUAACAACUUGUGGAAUUUAUACACAGAUGGGUUAAUAUAAAAUAUAUGGCUAAUAUACUGUUUUCUCAAAUCGAUGUAACAGUGGCAAAUACAUAUGAAAUGGUAUUCGUCUUCUUUAUCAACGGAAUUACAACACAGACAAUCACGUGCAUUUCGUGGAAUAUUGUUCUGAGGAUAUCUGCCCGUUUGGAUUCUCAACGGAUGCGCAGAGACUCUAUUAAAGAAUAAACGCAAACGUCUAGGAAGUAAGUCUAAAUAGUCUUCGUAUUCCAAAGAGGAUUUAUAAACUUUAUAUAUAUCUAAAACAGUACUGCUAUUCAUUUUACUAUACCACUCUUGUUUAAAAUUAUCAACAAGUCUACAUUUGAACUCUCUAACAAAACUGUUUACUUGCACAACGUUUGUAUUUGCAAAUACAUAACCGAAUCCAUAAUAAUUUAACGUGUUCUUAACAUGUGUGACCCAAUUUUUAUAACCUUUAUUAAAGCUUGUUUGUAAACUGUUUUCAUAAUAAUAUUUUCAUUGUAUAGAAUUUUAAACCAAAACUUUAUAAUGUUAACAUACCUGUUUACAUACAAUGGAUAUCUACCUAAUUCUCCAUAAACAGCAACAUUACAUGUAUUUACUUCAACCUGAAGCAAUCGUUUGCAAAAUGUUAAAUGCAUGCGUUCUGUCAUCUGACUUUGCGAAAUCCCAUACUUCUGAAGCAUAAUUUAAUAUAGAACCAACAAAGGAGUUAAACAACUGACAUAAUAUUUUUGGCUCUAUAUCAAUGUCAAGACAUUUUAUCAAUUAUAAUGUAUUCAAUGCUUGAAGGGCUUUCCCAACCAAAUGUUCUUGGUUUAAUAUAAAACUUCCAGUAUUAUUCAACACCGUGUCUAAAUAGUUAAAGUUAUCAACAACUUUAAUAUCAUUACCACUGUAUGACCAUGUUUCAUUUUCUUUUAAUUCU